AUGGAUCUUGCCAUCAUCAAGAACCUUCGCCUGACAGAGUCAACCCAGUACGUUCGACUGUUGCGGGAUAUCGUUCACCGGACUCUCGUCAACCACCGCACUGGUUUCACCCACGGUGACCUGCAGCUGAAGAAUAUCACGGGGCUGAAAGGCUCGGAGAUUAUGGAUAUCUCGAACGACGGCAUACAUUGGAUGUUGUACCCAGCAAGAUUUGAGGAGCCAACACUUCUCAUGUCCACCACUCCCGGUGAGGGAGGCAAAAAGCAAAAAGCAAAAAAGAAUGCCUCCAACGAGGAUCGAACUCGUGACCUGCGGAUAUCCAACCUUUGA